UGGCGUGGAUUACGUUGAGUUCUAACAUUUUUCCUUCUCUGGAAAGUCAGUUGGACGCACUUUUAGAACCACCCGCCGACGUACAUUGAAGAGACAACUCUAAAGGUCUCAAUGAAAAGCCGUUACUCGCACAAAGACUAAUCACGGCAGUGGAAGAGGAUGGCCGUCCACGCCGAGGGGAUCGUGGCUAUAGUGAUCUUCUACUUGCUGAUUCUGGGCGUGGGGAUAUGGGCCGCGUGGAAGAACAAGAACUCUGGGAACUCUGGGGUGUCGGAGGGCCAGGACCGCAGUGAAACCAUCAUGGUGGGCGGGAGGGACAUUGGGUUGUUUGUCGGUGGAUUCACUAUGACCGCUACAUGGGUGGGCGGCGGCUACAUCAACGGGACGGCGGAGUAUGUCUACCUGCCUGACUUCGGCCUGGCCUGGGCACAGGCUCCCUUCGGAUACGCCCUCAGUCUGGUAGUAGGUGGCCUGUUCUUCGCCAAGCCCAUGCGCUCCCGGGGAUACGUCACCAUGCUGGACCCGUUCCAGCAGAUAUACGGGAAGCGUAUGGGGGGGCUGCUCUUCAUUCCGGCGCUUAUGGGGGAGAUUUUCUGGUCCGCUGCCAUCUUGUCAGCGCUGGGAGCUACUCUGAGUGUGAUCGUGGACAUUGACAUCAACAUGUCAGUGGUGAUCUCAGCCCUAAUAGCUAUCUUCUACACCCUGGUGGGAGGGCUGUACUCUGUAGCCUACACUGACGUGGUCCAACUCUUCUGUAUCUUCCUGGGACUGUGGGUCAGUGUGCCAUUUGCUCUGUCCAACCCAGCCGUGUCAAGCAUCAGUCUGACAGCUAAAGAGGCUGUGUACCAGACACCCUGGCUGGGUAAGAUAGACUCAGCAGACACCUGGAUGUGGAUCGACAACUUCUGUCUUCUGAUGUUGGGGGGGAUACCGUGGCAGGUGUAUUUUCAACGGGUUCUCUCUGCCUCUUCAGCUACCUACGCCCAGGUACUGUCCUUUAUUGCUGCCGCAGGCUGCCUGGUCAUGGCUGUCCCCUCCGUUCUCAUAGGAGCUAUAGGAGCCUCCACAGACUGGAACCAGACUACAUAUGGGGCAAUUCCUCCCAAAGAGAAGGACCAAUCAGAUAUGAUCCUGCCCAUCGUGCUGCAGCACUUGUGCCCAUCCUGGAUCUCCUUCUUUGGUCUGGGAGCGGUGUCUGCUGCUGUGAUGUCAUCAGCUGACUCCUCCAUUCUAUCUGCCAGUUCCAUGUUCGCCAGAAACAUCUACCAGCUGGCCUUCAGACAAUCUGCGACAGACCGUGAGAUCGUGUGGGUGAUGCGUAUCACCAUCUUUGUGUUCGGCGCUCUUGCCACCGCAAUGGCGUUGCUAACGGGGACCGUGUAUGGCCUGUGGUACCUGAGCUCCGACCUGGUSUAUGUUAUCAUCUUCCCCCAGCUGCUCAGCGUGCUCUUCAUCAAGGGAACCAACACGUACGGCUCGGUGGCCGGCUACGUCUUCGGGCUGCUGCUGCGUAUCGGCGGAGGGGAGCCCUACCUCAAACUACCCCCCUUUAUCUACUACCCCGGCUGGGUGCAACAGGAGAAGAUCCACCACCUGACUGGAGACGUGGAGUACUUCAUCCAGCAGCGCUUCCCCUUUAAAACGGUCUCCAUGCUGGCCUCCUUCCUGGGUAACGUGGCCUUCUCCUACCUGCUCAAGUACCUGUUUGAGUCUGGGACUCUGUCUCAUAAGUAUGACUUCAUGGAUGCGGUGGUGUCCAAACACAGUAAGGAGAUCAUGGACAAGACCACGCUGGUCAGUAGUGACAACAUCAUCCUGUCGGAGAUGGCGCCGGUCAAAACGCGCCUCAGCAACGCACUGGCCGGGACAUUUACUAACACAGAGGCUCUCAGUGACGAUGAGGAGUCCAGCCCCGAGUCCUUAAACAACGACCAUGAGUAGAGACCAGGAAGUAGAGACCAGGAAGUAGAGACCAGGAAGUAGAGACCAGGAAGUAGAGACCAGGAAGUAGAGACCAGGAAGUAAAGACCUGGACCAAGACCCAGAGCCAGACCUGGACCCAGAACCAAGUAGAGCCAAGGUCAGGGGUGGCCAGCCUUCCAGGAGAGAUACCAUCCUGCAGAUCUUUGCUCCUGCUCUAACAUACCUGAUGUUAUUAAUCAGCUGCUCAACAGGAUCUUAAACAGCUUAACCAGGUGUGCUAUAGUAGGGCUGGAGAAAAAGCCUGCAUGUCCCAAUAGCUCUCCAACAGAAGGGUUAGCCAGCCCUGAUAUGGAGCCUUUACUGAGACCCAGAGCAGGUCUGUCUAGCCAUCCAACCCCCUCGUGUUCUCAUCAUAUCAACCACUGACUGACUCUCUGUAAAUCAAACACCACCGCCAUUUUAGUUUUCUGAUUUCAGUGCCUGGUCAUGGCUGUCCCCUCUGUCCUCAUAGGAUCCUCCACAGGUACACACACACACACACACACACACACACACACACAACACACACACAC